AUGGCCACUACCCGCGAGCGACGUAUUGCGAAGGAACUAGCCGACAUUCACAAUGACAAGGAUAACUCGGGGGUCCUGGCAAACCCCGUUGACCCCUCCAACUUGACGCACCUCAAGGGAACUUUUCCAGGGCCACCCGACACGCCAUAUGCCGGAGGCACCUACCAAAUCGAUAUUGUCGUCCCCGACAUGUACCCCUUCAAGUCGCCCAUCAUGAAAUUCGACACCAAGAUCUGGCACCCAAACGUCAGCAGUGUGACGGUAGGUCCGAGCGUCGCAGGGAAGGCAGGAAGCAAACGAAGAGCGGGGCAAGGCAGACGGGGCUCGGGCAUCAAGGGCAAGACUACAGAGAUGGCGCUGAUCUCGCUGCGCAUGCUCCUCGAAUCGCCGAACCCCAAGGACCCGCAAGACGCCGAAGUCGCAAAGAUGAUGAUGGAGCAACCGAACGAGUUUGCCGCCAAAGCUCACGACUGGGCGGUGAAGCAUGCCGGUGCCCCACGGAGGGAAACGCUGACGCACAACUAUGAAAAGUCAGCCACACCCGUUGUCAAGGACGAUCCGUCGCGGACUUGGUGGAUCGGUUUUGUCAACAUGGGCUUCGAGGUUGAUGCCGUAGUCGAUGCGUUCAUCUUUGUGGGUAUCGACCGCAACGGGGGCGAGGACUACGAACUGGAGGAAGCGUACAUGGGCGACAUCACCGCGCGGCUCCUCGGCGAGCAGUAG